UUUUCUUAACAAAUGUCCCCAUUCUCUCCUAUUCAGUGAAGAAGAACUACCAUUUCACGAUGAAGCAAUAGAAAAGCAAAAACUUUUAGAAAUUGAAAGGACCUCCAAAUGGCUGAAAAUGUUGAAGAGCUGGGAUAAGUACAAGAACUCUGUGAAAAGUUACACAGAAGAAUUUACAAAGGCAUUCCCCUUCAGCUCAGAGGUCAAGUCUGGUCACUAAUCCUAGAUGUACCUAAACUGAAAGAUGAGAGAAAAGACCUUUAUCAGGUCCUCAAACUGAAAGCAAUGCGCCUGUCACCUGACAUCAGACAGAUUGACCUGGAUGUUAACCGUACAUUUCGAGAUCACAUUAUGUUCAGAGAUCGAUACGGAGUAAAACAACAGGCUUUAUUCCAUGUAUUAGCUGCAUAUUCAUUAUACAACACGGAGGUUGGCUACUGUCAGGGGAUGAGCCAGAUAACCGCUGUGCUCCUUAUGUACAUGAAUGAAGAAGAUGCGUUUUGGGCUCUUGUGAGGCUUUUCUCGGACUCUAGACAUUCAAUGCAUGGGUUUUUCGUCCCUGGCUUUCCAAAGCUUCUCAGAUUCCAGGAACAUCAUGACAAAAUCAUGAAAAAAUUUAUACCGAAACUUAAACAGCACUUUGAAACUCAGGAACUGUACACAAGUCUGUAUACUAUGAAAUGGUUUUUCCAGUGCUUCCUAGACCGGACGCCUUUCACAUUAAAUCUAAGAAUAUGGGAUAUAUACAUACUUGAAGGUGACAGGAUUCUCACUGCAAUGUCUUACACAGUUUUGAAACUUCAUAAAAAAUACCUAAUGAAGCUGACUAUGGAAGAUCUAAUUAGAGUUCCUGCAGGAGAAGCUAGCCAAGAAUUUUGGAUAUGAGGAUGACUAUGUUAUUGAACAACUCCAGCUUUCAAUGGGGGAGCUGAAAAGAUCAAAGCUGGAUCUCCCUCCUCCAGGUAAAGAAGAAGAAUUUCCCAGAAAGCCACUGGGUCAGAUUCCUCCUGAACCGCCACCAGUACACAUGAAUCAUAUUAUGAAUGGGCAAAAGAAUAUUAGCAAGUUUCCAUCUCAAGUAAAACCUGAGAAAGUACCAUCUUCGAACAAACCUCAGCAAGUGUCACCAACUGGAGAAAGGAGAAUGAAGAAUUCCACGGAAAAGUCUAUCAUGAAGUCAUCAAAAAGAGGAGCUGCUGAUUUCCGUGCAGAUCAACCUAAACAAGAUCAGCAUUAUAAGAAGUUCCCACAGCCCAGUACUUUGUCGCAGGACAAAAUGAAGUACUAUGAUCAUGCUGCUGCUAACCAAAACUCAAAUGCAACUUCCAGUGCAUCUAAAGAAAUCACUCCGAAAUGGAACUUACCUUCAGAGUCUAGAAAUAAAGAGCUUCUUCUGAAGCACAUGGGAGAAGCAAAGGCAAACCCACCAGACUAUAAUGUUGCAGUCCAAGCUGAUACUCGCAUUGUGACUGCUAAGCACAGGAAUAGGGUUGCUGAUAUGGGAAAUAAACGUGGGUCAAAUGCAUCUCAGUAUGACAAUGUUUCUGGAGGUGAAAAUGAAAAUGACAAUCAGGUUGAAAAUUCUAGGCAUUCAGCAGAUUUGUCCCCUCCAAGGAAUGCAAUGUACAACAGUGCUACUUCCUCACGGCAUCCUUCUAAAGGCUCCAGUCCAGCUAGGUUAAUUGAGAAUAAUUCGGGAAUCAUGCAUAUACGUUCUCCACUAUAUCAGGGUACUGAUGAUGGGUACAGUCAAAAGCAAACUCCACCACCAUACUACAGCAGUCCUCCUCUUUAUCCAGAUAGUCCUAAAUAUACAAUGAGCCGUCUGAACAGUGAACCUCAUUCACCAGUAAACUGGUCUAGUCCAUCCAGUAAAUCUUAUGGGUAUAGCAUUGAUGUUCCUCCUGAUAAAAUACCAGUCAAUUCAAGCAUUAGACAAAACCCUGUUAUGUCACCCUCUAGUAGAAUUGAGGUCCUGCCUGCAGAUGAAAAUGCCACUCUGCGUUUAGGCAAUUUUAACAGUAAAGAGAAACAAAAGUACAUUCUUCCACCAGUAGACUAUGUUGUGGACCAUUCGUUCUUGCCUGAUUUAUCCUUUCAGACAUUUGGACAGCCCGUAAACAAAGAAGCCUCAAGAAAUUAUUUGUCAAGUAUACAGAGAUUUCCAGACUUGCAGCAACCUGCAAGUCCAGUCAACAGUUUUUCAUCUUUGUCGGUUAAUAGUUCAGUAAGGCCAAGAACUUCUCCACAAGGUGAUCAUGGAAACCCACCACACUAUCUUCAUUCCAAAUCUGGAGUCACUCCGGUCCAUCGAAAUCGUCGUGAUGGUAUAAUAAUGCACGAAUCUGUGAUGUUGUGA